AUGGACAAACUCAAAUUGCUCAAGCUCCGAUAUGUGAGAGUGAGACUCGCAAGGUCCUACAAGAAUUUUCCAGAAUUAAGAUGGUUGUACUGGAGUCAUUGUCCACUGACAAAAAUACCCUCCUGCUUAUUGGGGAGCAGCUUGGUGGCUUUACAUAUGAGCGAUGGAUGGUUGAAAAAUUUUGAACCGCCCAUGGUUCUUAACUCGCUGAAGAUCCUAAAUCUUAAAUAUUCGCUCGAUCUUGUCAGUAUCCGCCAUCUUUCCCGACUUCCUAAUCUCAAGACUUUGAUUCUCUCGCACUGUUGGAGUCUCAGUCUGACUCAAGUUUGUAAAACCAUUGGAGGUCUUAAGAAGCUUUCUCUAUUGGACUUUGGAGGGCGUCAUCGUCCUAGGAAUAAGAAGUAUGCAAAUCCACUGCAAUUGUUAAAAACUCUAUUUACCGGUGGAGGAAUGCCACAACUGUUUUUGGUCCCCUUUCCAGACUCAUUAAAGAAUCUGUUUCUCAGUUACAGCCAUGAUGAUUCAUCGUCUUUAAGUAAACAACAUUCAUCCUUUUACAAUCACUUGAACUUUGGCAGUAAUCCGUUAAUGCUGCUGACCAAUUACACUAAUCUUAAAAUGCUUCGGGUACUUGAUGUGAGUGAUUGUCGAAAUAUAAAGUCCCUCCUAUGUCUCCAAAGUACGCUAGAAGAGUUGUAUACAUCGUUAUGUUCUUCACUGGAGAAAAUAACAUUCGAAUUGGAUCGGUUCAGAUUGCGGAAAUUUGAAUAUUUUGAAAGGCAAAACUUGUUUGAAAUUCAAGGAUUUUUGAAAUUGGUGCCUUUAGCAAAGGUUGAUGAAGCAGAUUUGGGACAUAUGAAAUGGAUCAAAACAUAUCAUGAUACUGAGGUGAACCUUGCAGGUGAUGAUGUCAAUAGAUACGGUUGUCAUACAAAGGUGCUGUACGAAUAUGGUAUAAUGAGCACAUAUCUGGCAGGCAUAAAGGAUCAAAGCAUGCCAAUGUCCAAGUAUGUGUCAUCGUCAUCGUUCUUAUCCUUUCGUGUGCCUUCUUGUCCUGAGAAAUGCAGGAUCCGAGGAUUAAACAUAACCGCCUCAUACAGACGAUUCGGCACAUCACACAACAAGGAUAAAGAUAGGUGGGCUUUAUUCACCAAAGUCAGCAAUACAACCAAAGGCCUUACUUGGAUGUAUAACCCUUUGAUCUAUUGUGAUCCGGGGGUUGGAGUAGAUGCUGUGUGGUUAAGCUAUUGGCCCAUUGGGAAUAUAUUAGAAGCUGGUGAUGAAAUCAAUGUGACCAUCAUUGUGGGGGAUAGAUUGAUUGUAAGCAAGUGUGGUGUCAGCCUCGUUUUCAUAUAUGAUGGUGAAGUAGAGCUAGAAUACUACAAAUAUUACAAGAUUGAGGAAGAAGUUAUUGGGGGAGAUCUAUCUGAAUUUGAGCUCACUACAGGAGUCUACUAUCUUUGUCGCCACGAUUACUUCAAGUCAACCACCCCUGAUUGGUUAAAUAUGCUAGUUGGUGAUACCAUUCCCCAUAAAGGCUUACGUGGAUGGAGAAAAUCUCCUCAGAGUGACUGUAAAAUGUCAUGUAUGUCGCGGUUAGUUUACAGAGACGACCCGUAUUCCGAUUAG